AUGGAAUCUCGGGAAGACACCGCGGACCGCCUUAGGGAUAGGGACCCGAUCCGGACCCCGGUCCCGGCAUAUCUCCCGACUGCCCAUUCCCCGUUGAUGGUCGAUAAAGCUCUUUACUCCUCCAUCCAAAAAGCGCGCCGUGUGCUUGUCGAGGAAUUCGUGUUGCCCAUUCGAUCCGGCCGAGCUUGGAAGGCACCGGCCGGUAGCAUCGUUCGCAUCAGCACCCCGGAAGGCCCCCAAGUUGGCGACCUGAAUAUUUGGAAUGUGCACAAUCCCCGGGAGCGAUUUUGGGCUUCGCGAACAAGACAACUACACGCCACUCAUGUGUCGACAUAUGACAGAUUAUGGUCUUGCCUCCCAUACAUGCGGCCGUUGGUCACAAUCAUUGCCGACAGCUUGGCCUGGUAUGGGGAAGAUGAGCACGGAGGUCGGGUGCACGAUUUGCUCGGUACACGAUGUGAUCCGUACAUCAACGCGGUUCUGAGCGGGGGCCAAUAUGAUUUUCAUUGUCACUCAAACCUUACUCGCGCUGUCCUACCGUUUGGACUGGCUGAGUCUGACAUCCAUGAUGUAAUCAACAUCUUCCAGGUCACUGGGUUGGACGCUGAGGGCCGGUAUUUCAUGAACCCUUGCCCGGCAAAUAGCGAGGAUUAUCUCGAGUUCCUUGCUGAACAGGAUGUUCUUUUUGGGCUGAGUACAUGCCCAGGCGGAGAUUUAUCAUUAUGGGGAUUUGGUGCCGCUAGCGAGAAAGAAAUGGUGAAGACCUGUCGUCCGCUCAAAGUAGAAGUGUUUCGCCUCGCCGACUCAGACUUUCUCCAAAGAUCAGGAUGGCAACCGGCUAGAUGUUCUCCAUAUCAGGGAAAGCACGGCAUGAUAGUUGUGGACGGGGAGCCUGAAAUGCCCGUGUAG